AUGCCUCACCGUACGGGCUACUCAUACAUGUUGGCGUGCACUCGGAUUACUGUCUUAGACGCAAGGAGAAAGUCUGCUCACAUCGUUGCAUGCGAAGGGCGUGCUUACUGUUAUCAUACAAAGCGCGGGGAUAGCUAUUUUGUCAGUGCAGGCACUUGCAAGCUACUCCCAGCCUCAACAUCCGAUCUUAUGAGCUCAUGGGCGGGCAUUGCCAUGGUACUUGAGGCUGGUCAUAUCAGGGAUGCAAUGCGAUGCAACCAGUCGUGCCCCUUGAGUGGCCACCUGCAUAUCAUUGGCGAAAAGACCAGUCAUCCUGGCUCUGUUACACUCUCUUUUUAUGAGUCAUGUACCCACACCAUAACUAUCCCAUCCGAAGCUCUGAAUACAUGGCCUGGACAGGUCAUACGCUGGGAGAACGAAAGACAAUCUUUGGAGGGGAAGUGCACAUGUGAUUGGAAGGCGUUGAUAUUUAAAAUGCAAUCUCAAGGAAUAAGCAUUGGUGGUCUGUGUCUGCAUGGCGCUUGCCCUGUCGCCAGCCAGGCAACCUGUCUCUUGUAUCAGACAUUGGAAGCCAUGUUCAUCGUCUCUCCUUUCUUCAGUAUGUUUGUCAAAUUACCUAGUCGACCUGGGACAGCAAUAUUACCAGACCAUUCUCAUGGUGUAGAGAUGGAGGGAGAGAGGAAAGGGGUUAGAGUGGGUGAAGUUGAGAAUGAGAUAGAGAAGGUAGUGGAGGAGGAGGAGGAGGAGGAGGAGAAGGAGGAGAAGGAGGAGAUGGAGGAGAAGGAGGAGAUGGAGGAGGAGAUGGACAGUACCAGCGGCUACCACUCUGAAUUGGAGGAUGACUUAUUUUCCCUCACAGAAAGUAUCACCGAUUAUCCGAUGUAUACACUCGCCUUCGAUUAUCAGUUGUUUCUUGCUCCCAUUAGCGACAAGCCUCAGUACAUUCUUGAUAUGGGAACAGGAACAGGUAUCUGGGCGAUAGAAUGUGCCGAUGCGGUGGUUCGAGGAAAUGAUUUAAGCCCAAUCCAACCUAUCUUUGUUCCACCAAAUUGCAUUUUUGAGAUUGACGACUUUGAGAAAUGGGAAUUGCCAUAUGAAUUUGAUUUCAUCCAUGAGCAUGAGUUGGAUGGUUCAAUCUACAACUGUGAAAGACUGUGCAAAGGAGCUUUUGAGCAUUUAAAACCUGAUGGAUACUUUGAACUUCAAUCACUUGAACACAGCUUCCUCUCAGAUGAUGAGAUGUAUAAAACAGCUGUACAUGCACUUGAAUGGCAACAGUAUAUCAUAAAGAGCUGGAAUAAGCUGCAAAAGCCUUUCUGCAGAGCAAUUAUCUGCACACAGAGAAUGGGAAAAGCUGGUUUUAUCAAUAUCAAAAUCCAAAGAUUCAAGAUUCCAAUAGGACCAUGGUCAGAAGGCAUGGCCAAGCAGCUCAGCCAAGAGGCAAGGCGAAAGUGGUGGAGUGGAGCCUGUGGCAAGCUCUCUGACUGGUACCGGGGCUGGAGUUUCAGCAGGCCGACUGUGGAAUACCAAGUGAAGGCCCCUCCGGAGCUCACCAUGCCACGGCAUGCCCUUCACCGCUCCUCUCAUGGGGACUUCUCCUGGUACCACAGGCGUUUCCAGCAUGCAGAUGCGAGGCUCACCUGUGUCUGUGGACACAACAAGAGCCCAGAACAUUUGGUGCUCUGUCGACACUCACAGAGGCACUUUCUUCACUGGCCCAAGAGGCCAGCAGCACGGCCACACAACCGGGCGACAGCUGUUGCCUAUCUAGGGUCUCUGACCCCUACAGACUUUGUAGAACUGCUGGACUGCACGCAGUUCUACACACGGUACUGCACAAGCAGUUCCACGAGGCCGGCCUGCUGA